GUCAGCGGCUACUGGUCGAGUGCGAUCCUACAGAUGACUGCUCACCCUCGCUCGGGUCUACAAGUCCGGGCCUAUGGCUCUGCCUCGCGUUGUCCCGCGGCAAAACCUCUGAGCCUGGCGUUCCACGCAGACGCUCCCCUGAAGGUGUAACCUCGAAUCUGGGAGAAUGAGCUCACUCGGGGGCGACUGGGCCCCUGACGGAAGGGACCCUCGCAUCCGCGUGUUCGCUGUGGAGGGAUGUCCGAGUGGCGAGUCUCCGGGGACCCCCAGGAAAAGACUUCCCUCUGCGGAGGACGCGCGGUGCAGCAGCCGGCCUCCUCCGGAGGGCGCCGGGUCGGUCUCCAUCUCCGAGUCGGAGGAGAAGGGAGGCUUUUGCCAGCAAUGUCAGAAGAAAGUCGCGGAGCUGAAGAAGCAAGCGCUCGCCCUGGCUGACCAGAACUCGCUGAAGGGUUAUGGUAUGGGCUACUCCAGCUGA